AUGCGUCACACAUUUGACGAGUUGGGACUGCUGGAGGACAACAUCAUCACUUUUGUGAAGAACGAGCUGAAGAAGAUCCAGAAGGUUCUGAGUCUAGAUUACAAAGACAGUGAGAUGGAGGAUGAAACAGUAUUGCAUUGUGAAAAUGAAGAGCAGUGGAGGAGCAGCAGAGAGGCAGUUCUGAAAAUCACAGUAAACUUCCUAAGAAGAAUGAAGCAGGAGGAGCUGGUUGACCGUGUGCAGAGCAGAACUCCCAGCAGAGUUCGUCAGCAAAACCUUAAAUAUAAGCUGAAGAAGAAGUUCCAGCGUGUGUUUGAGGGAAUUGCUGAAGCAGGAAACACAACCCUUCUGAAUCAGAUCUACACAGAGCUCUACAUCACAGAGGGAGGGACUGAAGAGGUCAAUGAUGAACAUGAGGUCAGACAGAUUGAAACAGUAUCCAGGAAACCAGACAGACCAGAAAUAACAAUCAGACAAGAGGACAUCUUUAAAGCCUCACCAGGAAGAGAUGAACCAAUCAGAACAGUCCUGACAAAGGGAGUGGCUGGCAUUGGGAAAACAGUCUUAACAGAGAAAUACACCCUCGACUGGGCUGAAGACAAAGCCAACCAGGACGUCCAGUUCAUAUUUCCAUUCACUUUCAGAGAGCUGAAUGUGCUGAAAGAGGAAAAGUUCAGCUUGGUGGAACUUGUUCAUCACUUCUGUUAAAAGUCCGCUUGUUCACUUUAACUGUUUAGACUACGUUACCCAUGAUGCACCUCGGUAUCUGUACUUCCGGUUGGGAACGUGUUCAGCGCAGUUCUGCACAGAUGAGAGGUGUGUCGGAGGAGUCGGAGGAUUAACGUUUUUCCUUGCAUUCCUGUGUGUGUUGACCCUGUGUGCGUGCUUAUCAUAUGACCACACACACUCAUAUACACUAUCACACUCCCUUUACCUGCAUGUGAAUGCUGUAAUGCAAUCGCCUCCCCACCAAAGCUGUGCACCCUGUUGAUGUCAUCUGCC